AUGAAAUCCCGACUGAAAGGUCUUGUCUGUCUGGGUAGUGGAACAUUUCUUUUACGUCAAACAAUACGUAACGAUACUGGUUUAUAUCAUUUACAAGCAACAAAUGAAAGUGGUACAGCUACAUCACGUCUUGAUAUUCUUAUUCGAACUGUUCCAUUACCACCUGGUGCAUCAUUACAAAUAAGUGAUAGUGGAAAUGAUUAUGUUAGUCUUGCUUGGCAUACAUGUCCGGAUGAUGGUGGAAGUUAUAUAACAUCAUAUUUUUGUUGA